GGAACACCGAGGAUAUCCUUGCUCACCUCAGAAGCUAAGCUCCAGCUAACCUCCUUGGGUUUAACCGUCCAUGGCUAUUGUCGGCUGAGGUUAAUAUCGGCGGACAGUUCGGUCUAUACGAGACUCGUCAUCGGAAUAUGUAGGCCGUCGAGCAUUCAGUGGGAGGGGGUCCACGACCAGGCCACCGACCUUGCAGGCAUGAUAGGCAUGAUAGGAACUGGGGAGGGAGAGAGUCUCGUAGGCAUGUGUUCACGAAGAUGCCGAGGAGAGGAAGCAGCGAUGACUGACUGGCAGGGAAGUGACGGAAGGCACCUGAUCCCCGGUCACACCUUGCGCGCUGUUUGUCUGCUUUGCUCCCGCCGCCAAUUGGUGGCGUCUUCUUUGCAGUCGAUCCAGUUCGUUCCAUCUUUUGUUUCUCUCCCAAUCCAAGGUGCUUCUUCAUCUCUUCCCAAAGUCUUCCUGGAAACCCAGACAGCAGACCGUGCCCACCUUAUAUGCCAUGCCAAUUUUACGGCCCCUCCCCCGGCCUCUUCCAAGAAAUGCUCCAUAAAAUGUCUGGAAAUUAGGCACGCAGUUACAUUUUUUAGCGACAGUCAGCUCCACGAGCGGAAAUCGUCGGCGCAGCGGCAAGAAUCGGCAUUGGGGCCGGAGUCCUGGGCCCAACUCCGGAGCUGAGGUUGCAUAGGGGGUACAACCUGACCGAUUAUUCAUCCUCAAACGUCCUCCCUCCCUCCAUCCCAAUGAACGCUCGCCCACUCCGGCUUCGCCUUCAAUUGCCUGUCGUCACGGCAUCUUCCUCCAGAUGUGGGGGAAGUGGAUAACCCGGGUACUCGGGACUGGCUCCACGAGUUCAGA